AUGUCGCCAGCGCCGACGCCGAAACGGUUUAUGAUCACGCCAGGGACGACAGGUGCAUGGGUAGCACUAUUCCCCGACUACAACGAUUUUGAGCAGGCAGUCCAUAAAUACGAGCUGAAAAUAACGUGGCUGCAAACGUUGCUGCUGCAGAUUCCCGACCGCAUGCGCUGGAUGCUUACACAGCGGUACCAAUUGCGCCUUUCAUGGCCAGCCAAUAUACCCGCUGAUUUUUUAAUACAUGUACACACGCCCGAAAAGGCGUUGCAUAAACAAAAGCAGGCGCCUGUGGAUGAGGGCCCAUUGCAGCCAUGCGAGCUGCUCUUUGCCAAGAUUUCUGCAGUGAGCACAGGGACAAGACUGCGCGUAGAUGAGCUCGCAUCUUCAGCACACUGGCUGCUGCACCUCGCCGAGCAUCUUGGGGGCUGGGCGGCGCCGCUGCGCAGGGACGCCCAAGACAUUCCUGUGGAUGUGACCUUUGAGCGCGUCUAUCUCGGCUGCAUCCCGCAAUCGACACUGCCACUGAUUCUCUAUCUUUGUAUAGCUACUGUCGCCGCGUCGCUACUUUCCACGCGGGUACUGCGUAUCGUUGCGCAUGCGACACGGCCCACCAAGUAG